CGGCAAUAUUGUAUGCCGUAUGGCGUACGCGCCAAACAGAAUUCUCUUAAUGGCGUACGAUUCGACAGCCGCGUGCGUGUGAACACUGAUAACACACCGGUUAGGUUGGCGCGCAUCGCGGGAAACGGGCACACGGCGUCUGUUUCUGAGCAGUCACGCACUUGGUGUGCUAUCGGUCAGUCCGGUAUAGUUGUGUUCUAACAAGUGACGAUUGCUUUCCGCCGGUUCUCUUUUAUUAUUUCAUUUACACCAAACUUGUGUUAUACAUAUUUUUUGUAACUCGCCCACCAUUUUAAAUUUCUAACCUAAUCGCCGGAGAAUAAGCUACUGAAAUCGCGGCUGUCUCCAUCCAUCGCCGUUUUCAUAAUUAUCAACUACCAUUGCAGCUCUAAGAGCAAUAUCCAUUUUAAAAAAUAACUAGUAGCCAGUUGGUGUUCAAUUUUUUCAAUAUGUCUAGUAGAAGUAUUCAUAAAAAUGAAUUACAAAAAAUUAUGAUAUUUAGACCAAAGUGGUCUGAAUUUCAAAAUUUCAGUCAAUAUGUGGAUUACAUGGAAAGUCAGGGAGCUCAUAAAGCUGGUAUCGCCAAAGUUAUUCCACCACCAGAAUGGACCCCUAGAAAAGAGAGUUAUUAUAGCGAUGAUAUAAUGAGUAUGCUUAUCCCUGCACCAAUCUGUCAAGAUGUCCGAGGUAAAACAGGAGUAUUCCAACAGCUGAAUAUUCAAAAGAAAGGUAUGACAGUAGCGCAGUAUAAGAAAAUGGCUGAAUCAGAUGAAUAUAAGGCACCAUAUUAUUUUGAUUAUGCCGAUCUGGAAAGAAAAUAUUGGAAAAAUCUAGUAUAUAAAUGUCCAAUAUAUGGUGCAGAUGUAUCGGGAAGUAUUACGGAUAAAGAUGUAGAAGUAUGGAAUAUUAAUAAACUGGGGACAGUAUUAGAUUACGUAAAUCAGGAUUACGGAAUCAGAAUUGAUGGGGUCAAUACAGCAUACCUUUACUUUGGUAUGUGGAAAACAUCAUUUGCAUGGCAUACUGAGGACAUGGAUUUAUAUAGUAUAAAUUAUAUACAUGAAGGAAGCCCAAAGUCAUGGUAUGCAAUACCACCAGAAUAUGGACGGCGAUUCGAAAGAGUGGCCAAUGGAUUUUUUUCUGAUGACUUUUCAACAUGUCCCGCAUAUCUAAGACAUAAAAUGUCAAUUAUAUCUCCACAGUUAUUAAAUACUCACAAUGUUCCAUUUGACAAGAUAACACAAGAGAAAGGUGAAUUUAUUAUAACAUUCCCCUAUGGUUAUCAUGCUGGAUUUAACCAUGGAUUUAAUAUGGCUGAAUCUACAAAUUUUGCGUCGCCCCGUUGGGUAGAAUAUGGGAAAAGAGCGACACUGUGUCGUUGUUGCAAGGACACAGUGAAAAUUGAUAUGGACACCUUUGUCAGGAGGUUACAACCUGAAAAGUAUAAAGACUGGCUUAAUGGUAAAGACAUUGGUUGCCACCCUGAAGACCCUACUCGUAAGUUUGCAGCACGUGUGCGUUAACCUAUUUUAAGUUUUGGACUUCAGUAUGUAAAUAAUGUAGAUAUGUAAAUAAUUAUUAUUGAGAACAUGCUCAAACAGCCUUAUAUAUUUAUAAUAGUACAAAUUUUAAAUAUUAGUCAAAAUUAUAUUUUUAUUGUUACUAAAUUAUAUUUUUCAUUAAAUAAAUUAGUAUCAUAAAAUUAUUAACUUAUUAUUUGUAUUAUCUUAAGAAUGGCUACAAGCUAUGAUUUUAUAUUUUUAGUAUAAGGUAUUUUUAAUUUUUAGUUAAGUUAUGUGAUAUAAUAUGUAAUUUUUUUUUUAUAUUUUCAAAAUUAUACUUAUAGAAAAUAAUAGGUAAUACAGAUAAGUAUUUUGAUGUACCAAUUAUAGGAUAUUUUAUUCUUCUAUAUGUAGAAUAAUUCCUUCCGUUUUCUAUACUUAAUAUCACUAUACAAACUAUUUAAUACUGUAUUUAGGUUUAAUAACUUGUUAUACAUUUGGUUAGACUAAAUAUAAUGUUGAAGAUAGAUUUUUAUUCAUUAACAAGUAGAUUUUAGUUGAUUAACUUAGCUAGAAUGCUCAAAUUGUAUUUAAUUAUGCAUCUUAUUUAAUCAUUAUACUUUAUAAUAAAUACUACACAGCCUCCACACUAUUCACAAGUCUCAUUUCUUUGAGAACUGACUAGGUAAAGCUACCACGCUAAGCAUGCAGUUAUUGUCAUUUCCUAAUUUCAUUAGUUGUUGUCACUGACUUUCUGUUUCCCUUAACGGCUAAUCGAAGAAUAAAAAUAAAAUCAAUAGUUACAAAUUGUUAUUGAUAUGUUUACAAUCGAAGUAACCAAUUAAUGAAAUAAUAUAGUCAAGCUCUUAUAAUUACAAUAACUUGUAUUUUUAUAACAAAAUAAUCAUAUAACUUACAAAUUUGAGUACAUACAUAGUAGUUUAAUAAUAAACUCAUACUUAGACAUAAAACCUUCAUAUUGAUGUUUAAAUGAACAUUUAAAAAAAAAAAAUUAAUACUGUUUCUCACAAGGUAUCAAAAUAUGUUUAAAAUAAAGCAAACUGCAGUACUCUUAAUAUUUUAUAUUAACUUUCCAAUUAGUGGUCCUUUUAAAUACAAUUGAAAAUGUCAAUAAAGUAAAAGUUUAUUAUUCUAACCAUGUACCACAGGUUAAUAUUAUACUUUUUAAUCUAAAAGUGUAACAUUUAAAGUAUUAAUUUAAGUAAUUAAUAGUUUUAAAUGUUUGUUCAUUUUAAAUACCAUGUAUUUUUACCAUAACUUGUGGUAAUUUAUGCGGUAAUAUUAUUUUGGAAUUAUUUUAUGUGUCCUCAAACGGAUAAAUAUAAAAAUUAAAAUGUUUUAUUUCAUGUCUUAGGCUGUGAUUCUAACUACCAUUUUAUUAUAAUUAUUUUUAAAUUCUCAUAAUUAAGCCUUUUUAUUAUUAUAAUAUUAAAAUUUUGAUCUCUGAUAAAAGAACAAGACUGUCUUAAUUUUUAGAGUUAUCAAUAUUUUUUGUAAUAGGCUUUAUACUAAUAACAGAGCAUUACAGUAGUUCACACGGUUUUUAACAAACGAUAUGCCACACUUAUAUUAAUGUAAAAGACAAACCAAGUGUACAAAAAGCAUAGUUAUAAUAAACCACACUACUCACCAAGAUGUUCUGUCUAUUAGUAUAGUUUACUUAAGAUUAUGUUUUUAAUUAAAUUUAACUACAUUAAUUAUAAGAAAUUAAUAUCAUUGUUAAAUGUUGGAGGCAAUGAAUGAUUUAAUAUGUUCUUAAUAUGACUUGUUAUUUGUUUUAAUUUUUAUGAACAUGAUUUAACAUUUAUAAUAUUUUUUUUUCAACUGGUUGUAUUGAUGUAAAUGUAUUUAUUUUUAUUCAACAUGUAUUCUUAUUAAUAUUUAGCGGUUUAGGAGGUGUAGACACAAAAGACUAUUAAUGUAUAUAAUUUAUUUGUAUGUAAUUUUAUUUUGUAAUUGAUGUUUAUGUAUGUAUUAACAUCAACAUAUUUAAGAUUUUUAGCACAAAAUUUGUUUAUUUGUGAUAUUAAUAUUUAUUAUAUUAGAAUGAUUAGAAAU